AUGAGCAACGCAAAGCAGCAAGACGGCCUUAAUCUCGCCGAUCUGGGCGCCGCUUUGAGUGCGGAGGAUAGAGCUGGUCUAGUCAAUGCUCUAAAGGACAAGCUCCAGAGUCUGGCAGGGAAACAUACUGAUAUCUUGGAGACGCUCAGCCCCGCGGUUAAGAAACGUGUCGAGUUUUUGAGGGAGAUUCAGAGCCAACAUGAUGAGCUUGAGGCUAAAUUUUUUGAAGAGAGGGCUGCACUCGAGGCUAAAUAUCAGAAAUUUUAUGAGCCAUUGUAUGCAAAGAGGUAUGACAUUGUAAAUGGUGUUGUUGAAGUUGAAGGCAAUAAAGUUGAAUCUGCAGAUGAAAGCGACAAAGCUAAUGAAGAAAAAGGUGUCCCUGGUUUUUGGCUUACUGCUAUGAAAACAAAUGAAGUGCUAGCAGAGGAGGUUCAAGAACGUGAUGAAGAAGCCCUGAAAUAUCUAAGGGAUAUAAAGUGGUGCAGAAUUGAUGAGCCCAAGG